CCCUCACACCGCAGGUGGCCGUUUCACAAUAGAACCACCAUUUGCAUUCUCGCUCUGCGCUGUCUCGAUUUCCUAAUCCGCGCACAUCUCUCUAUCGUUUCAAUUUUGUUUUUUUUAAAUUUCGUCUGCACUUUGACUGAGAGUCCACAGACACACACAGUGGUUGUCAGGAAAUGGCGAGUUUGGUUGAGAGAUUGCGGGUUCGAUCUGAUCGAAGGCCUGUUUACAACAUAGAUGAAUCAGAUGAGGAGUCUGACUUCGUAAAGAGGAAAUCCGCGACGGGCGCUUCUUCCGACAAAAUUGAGAAAAUUGAACGCCCGGAUGUGAAGAAAGAUUCUUGUCAAGCUUGUGGAAAUGAUGAUAAUAUUUUGAGCUGCGAGACAUGUACCUAUGCUUACCAUCCUAUGUGCUUGCUGCCACCACUCAAAGGUCCUCUUCCUAACAGCUGGAGAUGUCCCGAAUGUGUUGGCCACCUCAAUGAGCUCGAGAAAAUACUCGAUAGUGAGAUGCGUCCGAGUGCUGCAGAUAACAACGAUGCGUCGAAGCUGGAAUCAAAUCAAGUUUUCGUGAAACAUUAUUUAAUAAAGUGGAAAGGAUUGUCCUACCUUCAUUGCACAUGGGUGCCCGAGACAGAGUUUCUUAAGGCGUACAAGUCAAAUCCUCGAUUGAGAACGAAAGUUAACAAUUUCCACAAACAAGCUUCGUCCUCAAAUAUUUCUGAGGAUGAAUAUAUCCCUAUUAGACCAGAUUGGACAACUGUGGAUCGAGUUAUUGCUUGCAGGGAAAUAGAUGGAGAGAAAGAAUAUUUUGUGAAAUGGAAGGAGCUUCCAUAUGAUGAGUGCUCUUGGGAGUCGGAGUCAGACAUUGCAUCCUUUCAUAAAGAAAUUGAAAAAUUUAACAGAAUUCAGUCUCAUUAUGACAAGGUCGCUGUAUCAAAACAAAAGAGCAGCCUACGUGAUGCCAUGGAACCAAAGAAAAAACAGAAAGAGUUUCAACAAUAUGAGAGAAGUCCUGAUUUUCUAUCUGGAGGUUCAUUGCAUCCAUACCAGCUUGAAGGGUUGAAUUUCUUACGUUUUGCUUGGUCCAAACAGACACAUGUGAUACUUGCAGAUGAGAUGGGACUUGGCAAAACAAUACAGAGUAUUGCCUUUUUAGCGUCUCUGUUUGAGGAGAAUAUAUCUCAUCAUCUUGUUGUUGCUCCUCUUUCGACAUUAAGGAACUGGGAACGUGAAUUUGCCACAUGGGCUCCUCAUAUGAAUGUUGUGAUGUAUGUUGGCACUGCCCAGGCACGCAAUGUGAUCAGAGAACACGAGUUUUAUUACCCUAAAAAUCAAAAGAAGAGCAAGAAAAAGAAAUCUGGUCAAGCUGUCAGCGAAAGCAAACAAGACAGAAUAAAAUUUGAUGUCCUUUUGACAUCUUAUGAAAUGAUCAACAUGGAUUCAUUGUCAUUGAAACCUAUAAAGUGGGAGUGCAUGAUUGUUGAUGAAGGCCAUCGUCUUAAAAAUAAGGAUUCAAAACUUUUUUCUACAUUGACGCAGUACUCUAGCAGGCAUCGUGUCCUUUUGACUGGAACUCCUCUUCAGAACAACUUGGACGAACUCUUCAUGCUUAUGCAUUUCCUUGAUGCAGGAAAGUUUGGAAGUUUAGAGGAAUUUCAGGAGGAGUUCAAGGAUAUCAAUCAAGAGGAACAGAUUUCUAGGCUUCAUAAAAUGUUGGCUCCGCAUCUCCUACGAAGACUAAAGAAAGAUGUCAUGAAAGAGCUACCUCCCAAAAAGGAAUUAAUUUUGCGUGUUGAAUUGAGUACAAAGCAGAAAGAGUAUUACAAAGCAAUCUUGACCCGCAAUUACCAGAUACUAACUCGCAAAGGUGGUGCCCAGAUUUCCCUUAUAAAUGUGGUGAUGGAACUGCGCAAGCUCUGUUGUCAUCUCUUUAUGUUGGAAGGAGUUGAACCGGAAGAUACUAACGAGUUUCACAGGCAACUGUUAGAAACAUCGGGAAAAUUACAACUUCUGGACAAGAUGAUGCUCAAACUUAAAGAGCAGGGCCACAGAGUUUUGAUUUACUCUCAGUUUCAGCAUAUGCUGGACCUAUUAGAAGAUUACUGUAACUAUAGGAAAUGGCUUUAUGAAAGGAUUGAUGGAAAAGUUGGUGGAGCAGAAAGGCAAAUUCGAAUCGAUAGGUUUAAUGCUAAGAAUUCAUCAAGAUUUUGUUUUCUGCUCUCAACUAGAGCUGGGGGAUUAGGAAUAAACCUCGCUACUGCUGACACUGUAAUUAUAUAUGACAGCGAUUGGAAUCCUCACGCAGAUCUGCAGGCAAUGGCAAGAGCUCAUCGCCUUGGUCAGACCAAUAAGGUAAUGAUUUACAGGCUCAUAGCACGUGGAACCAUUGAAGAAAGGAUGAUGCAGAUGACAAAAAAGAAAAUGGUUUUGGAACACCUAGUAGUCGGAAGGCUCAAAGCACAAAAUAUUAACCAGGAGGAAUUAGAUGAUAUCAUAAGGUAUGGCUCACAGGAGUUAUUUGCUGAUGAUAACGAUGAGUCGGUAAAAUCUCGUCAGAUCCAUUAUGAUGAUACUGCAAUUGAUAGAUUACUUAAUCGUGAACAAGUUGAAGAUGAAGAGGCUCCAUUGGACGAUGAAGAGGAAGAUGGAUUUUUAAAAGCCUUUAAGGUAGCAAAUUUCGAGUAUGUUGAUGAAUCGGAAUUGGCAAUAGAAGAGGAAACACCUUUGCCAGCACCAGAGAUUAAACCCUCGGUGAACAAUUCUGAACGAGCAAGCUUUUGGGAAGACCUUUUACGAGAUAAAUACGAAGUUCACAAAGUGGAAGAGUUUAAUGCUAUGGGCAAGGGAAAGAGGAGCCGCAAACAGAUGGUAUCUGUUGAAGACGAUGACCUUGCUGGUUUGGAAGAUGUGAGUUCCGAUGGGGAAGAUGAUAACUAUGAAGCCGAGUUAACUGAUAACGAGACAGCUGCAGCUGGAGCUGCAGCUGUCAGAAGGCCUUACCGAAAGAGAGUUCGUGACACUUCAGAAAAACUUCCUUUGCUGGAGGGUGAAGGAAGAUAUUUACGAGUACUGGGCUUUAAUCAAAAUCAGAGGGCUGUGUUUGUUCAAAUAUUGAUGAGGUUUGGAAUAGGUGACUGUGAUUGGGUAGAGUUUGCACCACGUCUAAAACAGAAGACCUAUGAAGAGAUCAAUGAUUAUGGGAGACUUUUCUUGGAGCACAUGAGCGAAGAAUUAACUGAUUCGCCUACGUUUUCAGAUGGUGUACCCAAAGAAGGAUUAAGAAUAGAGGAUGUACUUGUCAGGAUAGGAACACUAACUCUCUUCAGGGAAAAAGUCAAUGCUUUAUCAGAGUGCCCUACCCUUUUCACGGAUGAUAUUAUAUCCCGCUACCCAGGAUUGAAAGGAGGCAGACUUUGGAAGGAGCACCACGACCGCUUGCUGCUGCGAGCAGUAAUGAAACAUGGUUAUGGAAGAUGGCAAGCAAUUGUUGACGACAAGGACUUGAGAAUACAGGAAGUCAUCUGUCAAGAGCUGAACCUUCCGUUUAUCAACACACCUAUCACAGGAACUCCUCAAGCACUAAAUAUUUCUUCAGGGGUGUCUCAGGCACAAGCCUCUGCUUCGGGAGUUUCUCAACCACAUGUCCCUGCAACGGGAUUUUCUCAACCACAAGAUGGUGUGAACUCGGAACAUGUUGAAGCACCUGCACAGGCAAAGGGAGCUACUGGGGGAAAUGGUUCUGGAGCUGAUGUUGCACAUGGAACUACUGAUACUUCAACCAGACCACAACUUGUUCAAGAACAAUCUAUGCUCUAUCAUUUUAGGGAGAUGCAGAGAAGACAAGUGGAGUUUGUCAAAAAAAGGGUGCUUCUUUUAGAAAAAGGACUCAAUGCAGAAUACCAGAAAGUAUAUUAUGCUGAUGAAAAAACAGAUGAAAUUCCAGUUGAUGGGACUGGGCACAGCGUCAGAGAUACAAAAGUUUCAAGCACUGGGGAAUCAGAUGCCCAAAUGAUGGAUCAGUUGCCUCAAGUUGAAAUAAUCUCUCCUGAAGAAAUCUCGGUAUUUGCUUGUGAUAAAAACUCGGAUCGCUUAGGUAUGGCCAGAAUCUAUAACCAGAUGAGCAGGACAGUGGGUGAGAAUGGACCAGAUUCAGGUGAAGCAUAUAAUAAUAGAGCUGCUAGUUUGAAGAUGGGAAAAAGUAUGGGUGUUCUUCAAGUUUGUAAUGAAGAGAUAGACCAAAUACUUUCAUCAGUGCAGCUGAGUUCGUAUAUGGAUAAGCUGAGCUGUAAAGCGGAUGAUGACAAGGAGCAAGUUGAGAAUUUGGGUUCCUCCUCAUCUACACUUGGACAAGUUAUGGAUACAGAUACUAGUGAAGCAGAACCAACAAAUCGAGAUGGAUCUGUUGAUAUAGAAAUGGAGGACAAUAAAUCUGCCACCCCUUCUUAGCUCAUCAUCAUCAUUGUGAACUAGUACUUGCUCCAAUUUAUUUUGAAAUUCUUCCAGAAACUACAGAAUAUAUGAUGGACUACAGAUCGUGAAUUAAUUAGUUAAAUUAAAAACUAUAUAUUGUUUUAAUAUGUUGUGUGUCUGUUUGUUUGUAUGCAUGGACGAUUGUGCCCAUAGAUGUUACUCUUAGAAUUGAUUGUUUUAUCAUGAAAAGGUUGUUGGUUGUUUAGUAGCUUACUUUGAUCA